AUGGCGAAGGCUCAGAGCGCCGGUGAGGUUGGCAGGCGGCUGCGCACAGACCUCCGCCUACAGCAAUGGCUGCUGCGGUUCGUGGGGGCAUGGGCACCACGCAGCGGGGCGUCGACGUCUGUGUGGUCGUCACUGUACGGCACGUACUCCGGCUGCGUCGUGGUGAUUCUGCUGCUGUUCGUGGCCAGCCUGCUGUUCGCCAUGGUGCAUUACUGGGGCCACAUGCUGGGCGUCACCAUGAACGCCUGCCUCAUGUUCACCUACGUCAUGAACAUCAUCAAGAUCGUCGCCUUCCUCAGAAUGAGACCUGCUAUCGAUCAGUUCAUCGAUGAACUCGACAGCUGUAUGCAGACAGAUUGCAACUUCUGUGAGGUACAGCCUGGACCACUUCCACAGGAGUACGGGCAGGAGCUGCGGAGCCAGAAGGCGGCCGUGUUCCGGUGGACAGCUCUGAAGAGCCGGAUAGUGUCUGUGGCGCGGCUGUCGGUGACCGCCAUGGGCUGCGUCUACUGGGCGGUGAUGCCCGCAGUACGGGCCAGCGCCUGCGGCCACACCGUGGAGUGCCGGGCCAGCGUGGGCCUGCCUGCCCACGUCUGGUACCCCUUCUCCUACACCGUGUCGCCGGUCUACGAGGUGAUUUACGCGGGUGUGGCGGCUGGCUUGAUGUACGGCGCCCUAUUGUCCUCCAUCAUGGACGGCUUCCUGGUGUCGCUCUUCAUCUACAUGGCAGGCCACCUGCAGCUGCUCAAUCUCAUGCUGCGCAGCAUCAGCGGGGGUCAGGCGGAGGAUGACGAAGAUGAGGACUACCACGGCGAGAAGCGUCGUGACGUGGCAGCUGCUAGCCACUUUCGUCAGGAGCAGCUCAUGAGAUGGCGGCUCGCCCAGUGCGUCACUUACCAUUGCCGUAUCGACAUGGGUGUACAGCGUCUGAGUACGUUAUUUGGACCAAUCCUGCUGGGGCAAUUCAUGAUGGACAUCAUAGCAAUCAGCGCCACAGCCUUCGUCGCCAUCGCUAAGGGUUCCGAACCAGAGUUGCCUCCGUAUGGCCGAUUUACGGCCUUGCAUUAA